AUAUUAUAAAAAAAUAGAUUUGGAUAUAUUAUCAUACCCUUCAAUAAAAUAAAUAUAGCAAAAUAACACACAGUUAAUAUAUAUACUUAAGAAAUGGAAUAAAACGCUACCAUUGAGCAAUAAACUCAAACAAAAUAGGAAGAAAAGACCUAAACUCAACCAGCUCCUGCCGAAAAGCCUGCUAGACGUACUGACUACACCUUAGAUAUUAUGAGAGAAGAACACUUAGAAGAUUGUGUUAAGCUCAUUUAUGAUAGCUUUACCAAAACUAAUCCUCUCUGGAUGAGAUUUUAAACUACAUACGAGGAAAUUGCUCCUUUCCUUAGAUGGAGAUUAUAACCUGCUUUGGCUACUUAAACUGGUUCUAUUCUUAUCUGCGAUAACAAGAUUGUUGCUUGUUAAAUCGGUGUAGAUUAUGUAGACUACUGGAAUUAAAGAAGAGAAGGUUUCCCCCUUCCAUAAAUGUUUAAGGUAAUUACUAAAUACCACGAUGAAUGCAUGGGAAAAGAUUUAGACCCUGAAUUACCUCGUAACACAUGCGUUAUGAACCAUUAUACAGCUGUUGAUCCUGCUUAUUAAAGUUAAGGUUUCUAUCCUGCUCUCAAUAAAAAUGGUUUCAGAGUUACUAAGCUUGGCUACACUAACUCUUUCACAAUCACAACUAAUCCAAUUACUUAAGGAAAAUCAUAAACUUAUAAAGGAGUAAACAAUAUUAGAACUGUCAAAGUAGAAGAUCCUGAAAGUCCUCUUUGCGGUAUAUAAUUUGAUUUAAUUGAAAUUCCUCUCGUAUACGGUGAUACUUCUAGUUCCUUUCGCUAACAAGAAAAAAAGACUGAGAGUUGA